GGUUUCUUGCGUCACAGUCACUUUACACUGAAGCUUGUGCCGGUGCAGAGAGAAAGAGAUCUAAUUCUCUGGAUAUGAAGCGUGCAGUGAUGCAGGAUGAAGUAAAUGAGUGAAUGUCAGUACAGAAGACGUUCCUGCAGCGGCGCUGGACGAGAAUCAGGAUUAAACUCAUAUAAUACUGUCAGAUAUUCUACAACAGCCGUCAUGUGAGGUGUGACUUCACACAAACACUCAUUAGAUCAGCUCACACACACACACACACACACACACACACACACAAGGCCUGGAUGUUAGAGAGGAGAGAGGUGAAGGAAAAGCAAGAUGAGGAGAGGCCGGAGAAAAGGAGGCAGUCGGGACAAAGUGUUCGGAUGCGACCUGCUGGAGCACCUCAACUCCACCGGACAGGACAUUCCUCAAGUGUUACGCAGCUGUAGUGAGUUCAUCGAGAAACAUGGGAUCGUCGACGGGAUCUACAGACUCUCGGGAGUGUCCUCCAACACACAGAAGCUACGGAGCGAGUUCGACAGUGAGGGAUCUCCUGACCUCAAUAAGGACCUGUAUCUGCAGGACAUUCACUGCGUCAGCUCUCUGUGUAAGGCGUAUUUCAGAGAGCUGCCCAACCCUCUGCUCACAUACGAGCUGUACGACCGCUUCGCCGACGCAGUGGCGAUUCAGCUGGAGGAUGAGCGUCUGGUGAAGAUUAAAGAGGUUCUGAAGGAUUUACCACCCAUUCAUCACAGGACUCUGGAGUUUUUGAUGCGUCAUCUGGUCAAGAUGUCCACAUUCGCCUCUCAGACCAACAUGCACUCCAGGAACCUGGCCAUCGUCUGGGCCCCAAACCUGCUCAGAUCGAAGGACAUCGAGUCGACGGGUUUUAACGGCACCGCGGCGUUCAUGGAGGUUCGGGUUCAGUCCAUCGUGGUGGAGUUUAUUCUCACUCACUCGGCUGAGCUUUUCCCUGGAAGCGGAUUGUCUGUGGAGCGCCGGAAGUCCCUGCCAUCUCCAUCCAUACUGUCCAGUUCAGACGAUCAUUUCUUCAAGUCUUUACCGUUACACUGUCCAGGAAACCUCAGUCCAGGAGACGGACCUCCAGCAAUGCGGUCGUACCACGCUAUUAUUGACGGCACUGACAAGAGGAAGGGCUCCCUCAAAGGAAGGAAGUGGAGAUCCAUCUUUAAUUUGGGUGGGAGACUCCAAGAUCCACGCAAGAAGAACAAAUACUGUCCUAAAGAUAAAGAGAAGACAGGUCUGAGGCCGGCAAAGAGCAUGGACUCUCUGAGCUCAGAUUCCAGACAUCUUUCUCCUCUGGUUGUGUCCACGGCGUCAGGCAGCUCAGAGGGUGUGGCUUCUGCCGGUGGGGGCGUGUCCAGUGGAUACGCGGUGACCUACAGGCGAACGGGCGGAGCUCAGGUCAGCAUGGUGAGCAGAGGAACCCCGGGCACUUAUAACCGUCUGCAGUCUGGGGGCGGAGACGAGGGGGUGUCACAGGGCAUGGCCAGAUCGCCCGGAAUGACCAGCAGAGCAGACCGGCGUGCUGGGAUACACAUAUCAGGGCCAUUUUCAGUGACCGUCCCACUUCAUAUAACAUCUGGACUGGCUCUGGGUGUCCUACAUGGCGGCUGGAAUGAUAAAGAACAACCCCUACAAGGAGACAAAGCAGAAGAUGAGGACGUUAAAAUCAUCGAGACAGAGUCCACAGAUGGGAAUCCCCAGAGCAAAAAUGAUAUAGUUCAAGAAAGGGAAAGCAAAACCAAUAGUUAUGUUGAAAGUCAGGAGGAUUGUGGGAAGGAUAUGGCAGAGAUUACAAGAAAGGAGAUCAAUGUGCCAGAAAAUGGAAACUCACCGUGUGGCAAAGAAGCGGAGAACGAAAAUCUGAGCCAGAAUCAAAAGUCUAUGAAGGAAAAUAUAAAAGACCCACAACCACAAAAUCAAGAGGCAACCACAGAAGAGGAUUACAUGGAAAUGAGAGGAAACCUCCAUCAGGAACCCAUCAGUCCACACUACUAUGAGGACAUGGAGUUUCCAGAAACGGAUCUGCCACUUGAUUUCCAGGAAGCUUUCGGGUUCUUAGAUUCGAUGGAAAGCUGUGCUGCAAACCCGGUUGAGUUCUCAGUCGAGGCGCCUUUCGAGAACGAAUAUGAGGAAGAGGAGGAUAAAAACAAGGACAAUCAAUCUAUUUUCUGUCCAUUGCAAAACUCCACUAAUGACUGUCAAACAUCUGCAGCCAAAAGCAGCAGCCCAUCCUUUACACACAGGCCUCUUUCUGGAAAAUCACACAGCCUGCCGUUUAAGUCCCGCCCCUUCCUGCCAGCCCUGUCAUUGUCCUCAGAUGACGAAUAUAGCCCUGCUGAUGAUGAUGAGUCUGAUAAAGAUUCUGAAUAUGAGGACAUGUUUUGUCAGAGUCUCCCAGCCUGCCAGGAUUAUCAGGGACUGUCUUGGUUGAGUCUAAAAGCCACUGAUGGCUCGUCUACUAACAACAAUGUAGAUCUUCACACUAGUAACCAAUCAAGCACACUUCCUCCAGAGAACAAUAAUGAUGCGCAAUCCAUCGACCAAUCAGAAAACACGAUUCCUGCCAUUUCUGCAUUGACAGACAACAGUGAACCCACUUUUGAGCCACUGCUUGGUGAAGAACAUCUCAGUUCAGAUGCAUUGAAGACAGAUGAAGUGUGUAUGGAUGAAAAGAAGAAUGAAGAGAGACAUUCAAUGGAUGUGGAGAAGGAUAAACACACACUGAUUGGAGAAGAUGAUCCAGAGAGUGAAGCCAGUGAAGAAGACACUUAUUUUGGACCGGACUCGAUUCCUCCUUCACCAGAACCCGACCAAACUGAGACCGACAGCAUCAUUGUUCCUGAGCCCAUCCCAGCACUGUCUCCAGCCGAAGAUGCUCAGCAGGUGCUGGAUGCUGACGGUUGCCUUGGUAACAGCGGGGUACCCGUCACCGAUGAGCUCACAGAUGCAGACCAACCGCCGGAGGAACACACACAGAUUAUCAACGAAACAAAGACUGAACAGGUUCAAACAGUUGAGGAUGAGAAGAGUGAAGAAACUAUGAAAGUUACAAGGAAUAUGGAGGAAAAUGAAGGAGAUGAGUGUAACAAAACAGAUACAGGUGAAGGAAAGUGUGACGAUGUUGAGGAAGAUGCAAAGGCUGGAUCUGUAGAAGAAUUUAGUGAUGGGAAUAAAGAACAAAAACAAAUCAACAUAACUGAAAGAAAAGAAGAUUUAGGUGAAAAUAGUGGAGACUGUGAGGAAAAUCCAAAAGAUGGACCUAAAGAAGAAGCCAAAAGACAAGAUUCAGAGAAAAACCAUGUAGAAUGUGAAGAACAUGCAAAAGAAGAAGAACAGGACAAAAACGAAGCUGAAAGACGAGAAUAUUUAGCAGAAAAUAAUGGAGAAUGUGAGGAAAAUGUAAAUGAUGGACCUAAAGAAGGAAACGAAGCUGAAAGACGAGAAGAUUUGGAGGUAAAUAGUGGAGAUUGUGAAGAAAAUGCAGAAGAUGGAUCAAAAGAAGAAGCCAAACAAGAUUUAGAGGAAAUCAGUGGAGAAUGUGAAGAAAUACAUGAGGAACAUACAAAAGAUGGAGAACAAGAAGCUAAAAAUUUAAAGGAAAAUAGUGAAGAAUCUGAGAAUGUAGAUGAGGAAUAUGAAAAAGAAGGAGAGCAAGAUAAAAACGAAGCUGAAAGACGUGAAGAUUUAGAGGAAAAUAGUGGAGAUUGUGAAGAAAAUGCAAAAGCUGGAUCAAUAGAAGAAGCCAAACCAGAUUUAGAGAUAAUCAGUGGAGAAAGUGAAGAAAUAGAUGAGGAACAUAUAAAAGAUUUAGAGGAAAACAGUGAAGGAAACUCCGAGGAGGACGAGAAUGUAAAAACAGAAAGUUCUGUUGAGGGAGAUCUUUCUCCUGAUGCUGGAGACGAUCUGGAAAAAUCCACAUUCGAGCAGCAACCAGACGAGAUUCAGCACGAACCAACAGAAAGCAAAGAAGAGACGUCCGAUCAGAUCUUAGCAGCGCCUCGCAAACGCUCUCCACGCAAACCUGCGAAUGCGAAAGCGGUUCCCGUCGUCCCUCCCAAACCUCAGACCUCCAAAAUCACAGCGUUCACGUUCAGAAAACAGCUCCAGCACAGACAACAUGAUGAUAAAGAGGCACAAACCCACCAAGAACUCACAGCGGAAACUAUAAUGACGCACAGAGACGAGGAUGAAAGCGCAGAGACCGGGACAAAUCUGGACUCUGAGAGUCCCGGAGAGAGACGAGGGACGUGGGACGGUGGAGCGGAUCGCAGGAGAGACGAAGACAGAGAAGCAAAGAGGAACAGCGGCAUCAGCAUGUGCUUCGAUCAAGCUGUGGCUCGAGCCUCGGAGAAGAGGAGCACAGAGAGACUGUCCGGAGCGCAGUGGGACAGAGAGAGCCGGAAAGACGGGAAAAUGGACUGAUGUGAGAGCAAACGUGCAACGGGUUCACCUUUCUUUCAAUAUACUCAUUUUCAUAUGAUAUAAAGUUUGGGAUCAGAACUAUUUUUCAUGUUUUCUUUUUUACAGGAGUUUCUACUGCUCAUCAAUGCUGCAUUUAUUUGGUCAGAAAUACAGGAAAAAGUGUGAAAUUAUUAAAAUGUAAAAUAAGUGUCUUUUCUAUUUCAGUAUACAUUAAAGUGUAAUGUAUUUCUGUGAUGCACAGCUGUAUUUUCAGCAUCAUUCCUCCAGUCUUCAGUGUCACAUGAUCUGAUCUUCAGAAAUCAGAAUAAUGUGCUGAUUUAUUAUCAGUGCUGGAAAGAUGCUUAAUAUUUUUUGGGAACCUGUGAAACAUUUUUUUUUCAGGAUUCUUUGAUGAAUAAAAAGUUAAAAAGAAGAGCAUUUAUUUAAAAUAGAAAUCUUUUCUAACAAUAUACACUAGAGUUCAAAGGUUUGGGGUCAGUACAUUUUUAUUCUUCAUUUUUUUUUUAAAGAAAUUAAAGCUUUUAUUCAGCAAGCAUGUGCUAAAUUAAUAAGAAGUGAUAGAAAAAUAUUUAUAUUGUUUAAAAAGAUUCAUAUUUUGAAUAAAUGCUGUUCUUUUCAACUUUUUAUUCAUCAAAGAAUCUUAAAAAAAGUAUCACAGUUU